CAGCCCAAAUUGCUGAGAAAGAUGUCAAAGUUAAUAAGAAGACGGAUGCCAAAUAUAGCGUGUAUUCCGGGGUGAUCAAACAAUUAAAAACAUCACCAUUUCGCAGCAGGGCACAGCUAAUCAUAAUGUCCACGCUGAUCAACGGUCUGCGCAUGUGCGUGGUGAUUGUAGCUCAAUCGACUUAAAGGCACCAUGCGGCGCAUCAACGGCGUAACAUAUGCCUGCGCACUCAAGGCUCGUUCGUCAGGGAACGUUAAUUAUAAGGUCUCUAGCCUGUUAUUUACACUACAGUAAAACUGAUCCAUAUUCAAAAACCUUAUAACAGCUCAUAUGGACCAGAAUCUAUGUAAACGUUCGUCGCUCUCGUACGAACCACCAUCUCUACAGACUUCUUCCCACGGCUUGAGUACGAGUGUGUUUACGUCAACGGAUUACACUGACAGAAGAAGGUCUUCUUCGCCGAAUAUGAAUCACAUUUUAGACUCGAGUCAUUUAUCUUCAAUUCGUAUCGCCGCGACACAUCGCCUUCCUCCAGAGUCUUUGUCAUACGACCAGAAAGCAACAGGGAUGUCUGGACAGCAGAGCUUGUAUCAUUCUUUCCCUGCAUAUCGUCACAUGGCAGCCCCGGGAUUUGCAGCUCACGAAUACAUGCACCAUCAAGAUAUGUCGCAUUUGACGACUAGUGGAGAACUUAGUUCACAUUCUAUAUCUUUACACCAGUCCAUGGGCAGCCCGGGAAACCAUCCUCACCGACAUAACAUGUAUACUUCGGCUUCUGGACCGGGUUUGCAUCCAAAUAAUAUGGGAUACCACCACGGUGUCUCUCACAAAAGUUUAGAUGCCGCGGUUCACUAUGGUUUUGGACCGACGCACGAGUCCGUUCCACCACACCAUGCCAUGCCACAAGUUCUCAACUCGACUCUACGAUACUCCAGAGGUGCGGAUCUUUAUCCUAGACCUGAUAGAUUCUCUCAAGGACUUGGGAAUCCCUUUGUGGAUCAUCCACCACCCGGUUACCCAAGCCCAACAGCUCCCAGCAUGUAUCUACCACUAGUUAAGCAGCCAACAAACCAAAUCUUUACGUGCCUAUGGAUAGAUCAGUCGCCCCCAACUGGAAAACGAAAGCCAUGUGGAAAACAGUACACGAUGAUGCAAGACAUUGUCAGUCAUAUCUCGGAUGAACACGUUUGUGCAAAUGAUUCCAAUUUGCACGUUUGCUACUGGCAAGACUGCGUCAGAAAUGGCUUGCCUUUCAAGGCCAAGUACAAGCUUGUCAACCACAUACGAGUACAUACCGGAGAAAAGCCAUUCCCUUGCCCCUUUCACGGUUGUGGAAAACUAUUUGCUCGCUCGGAAAACUUGAAAAUACACAAAAGAACUCAUACUGGAGAAAAGCCUUUCAUUUGCGAGUUUYCCGGYUGUGAUCGGCGGUUUGCAAACUCGAGCGAUCGCAAAAAACACUCUCACGUUCACACAUCGGACAAGCCUUAUAUCUGCAAGGUAGAUGGUUGUAAUAAAAGCUACACUCACCCGAGUUCGUUGAGAAAACACAUGAAACUUCACGAAUCUGGCGGCGUCAGAGACCUUUCUCCCUCUCUAACACAGACCAAUGGACAAAUAGACUCGAUUUCUAGCCGAGACUCCACUCGAUCUCCACCAACUCCGCGCGCUGUCAAAGAGAAAAGCCAGUCAGAAUGGUAUUCAUGCUGAAUGAUUGUCAAUCUUCAAGCGGCUAUCACAGUAGUAAAAUCUCUUCAACAGGACCCAAGUCUACGGCUUUCCUUAAAUUAUUUAAUAAACUUUGGCUCCUCGGAGUCUAGCAAGAAAAUAACGCAACGCUUUUAGGUGCUUCACAAUGGUAUAACAAAUCUAGAACGAAGUGGAAGAAAGAAGGACAGAAAAGAAUGACCGCUCUCAAAUCAUCAACUUUUGAUAAGUAUUUUUGAUUUGAUUUUGAACAUCCUGCCAAAUAUGCAGACGUUAAAAACGUUGUACAUAAARAACUACUUGUUAAAUCUAUAUUGACACGUAAACUUUAUGAAACGACUGCCAAUAGCAUAGAAAAAUAUGUAGAUAUGUAUUCUAACUUUUAAAAUUAUUUCAAUGUAUAGAAAAAUUGCAAGAGGAAAGAGUGUAAAUAUACAGAACUGAAAAGUUGUGAAAACUUGAAAAGUUCAUGAAAAAGAUUAUCAAACUCGCUACCCAAAAUGUAUCUGUUGAAAUUAUAGAAAUUUUGUGCUACAAGAUCAUUAAAGUAUUUAGUUCAAAAACA